AUGUGUCGACAGUUCACCCCGACGGAAGAAACCAUCCGUCUUGUGAAAUUUCCAGGGGAGUUGUUCCUGCGGAUGCUCAGGCUGCUGAUGUUACCUCUGGUAGUGGCCAGUAUGAUUACAGGCCUGGGAAACAUGAAGGGUGCUGGAAGGAUUUGCUUGCUGGCUAUGUUGUACUACAUGGCCACUACUGUUAUUGCGCUGCUGAUAGCACUGGCGUUUGUAUCCACCAUCAAACCAGGCAGUAACUCUCGUAUCAUCACAAAAGACAUUACCCAAGCAGAAGUAAGGACAUCUGGCACGGACAUGGUUUUGGAUGUAAUAAGAAACGUCUUCCCUGACAACAUUAUUGGAGCUGCCAUUCAGCACACCAGAACCAUAACGACCGGUGGAGAUGAAACAGUAGAAUUAACCAAUACAAGUUUAAAUGGAGAUGAUCCUGAAUUAAACAUCACAAGAAACAACCCGUUGGUGCUGAAGAAAACAGUUGUAAUAGGCGGUGUUAAUAUUGUUGGUAUAUUGACAUAUUCUGCUGUCUUUGGUGUAUUUCUCAGUAGAAUGGGACCAAAUGGAUCUGUGGUACUACGGUUCUUCAAUGCUAUCAACACUAUCACCCUGAAUAUGGUUCAACUAGCCAUGUGGUUCUCCCCGCUCGGCAUAAUGUCCAUGAUUACAGGUGAGUUGUUGACUUCAGUCAGCCUGAGGGAGACAGGUGAAGUGUUGGCCCUCUACAUCGUCACUGAAUUAGCAGGGCUGGUCGUCCAUUCCUUACUUGCUACGCCUUUACUGUAUUUGGUUCUAACCAGGACUAAUCCGUUUCGUGUUCUCGGGGCGGCUGGACAGGCUCUCAUAACAGCCUUUGCAACAUCGUCGAGUUUCACGGCUAUCCUGGGCAGUAUCGGAGCAGCUGGGGUUCCAGGCACAAGCAUCACUACUUUGCUGAUGGUCCUGAACGCUACCGGACUACCAGACACGGGGAUGUCUUUCCUGCUAACCAUUAACUGGUUGACGGAACGCAUCCGGACUUCGGUGAACGUUGCUGGAGAUUGUCUGGCAGUUGGCGUUGUCUCCCAUUUCACCAAAGAAGUACUUGCGAAAUCAAAUGUCCAGUCACUAGAGGAGCAAGAUGAAGAUUCGGAUGGGAGUAUGAUCGAGAAUGAAACAGUAUUCCUGUAG